AUGUACAGCCUAUCUAUCUAUCUCUCUCUCGGACAGAUGAAUAAAUGUACAGCCUAUCUAUCUCUCUCUCUCAGACAGAUGAAUAAAUGCUGUACAUUUAUCUAUGUGUCUAUCUAUCUCAAAAAGGCUGCACAUUUAUCUAUGUGUCUAUCUAUCCUCAGGCUGUACAUUUUAUCUAUGUGUCUAUCUAUCUCGCUCAGGCUGUACAUUUAUCUAUGUGUCUAUCUAUCUAAAAUUCAGGCUGUACAUUUAUCUAUGUGUCUAUCUAUCUCGCUCAGGUUGUACAUUUAUCUAUGUGUCUAUCUAUCUACUUCAGGCUGUACAUUUAUCUAUGUGUCUAUCUAUCUACGCUCAGGCUGUACAUUUAUCUAUGUGUCUAUCUAUCUCGCUCAGGCUGUACAUUUAUCUAUGUGUCUAUCUAUCUACGCUCCAGGCUGUACAUUUAUCUAUGUGUCUAUCUAUCUUCUCAGGCUGUACAUUUAUCUAUGUCUAUCUAUCUCGCUCAGGCUGUACAUUUAUCUAUGUGUCUAUCUAUCUCGCUCAGGCUGUACAUUUAUCUAUGUGUCUAUCUAUCUCGCUCAGGCUGUACAUUUAUCUAUGUGUCUAUCUAUCUCGCUCAGGCUGUACAUUUAUCUAUGUGUCUAUCUAUCUUAA